AUGUCCCCCAAGGCUCCUGUAACUCACACUGACAAGGCACCUUACUUCCCUGUCAAUGCCUUGGAUACCGUCGACCAUGGCCCUAUUCAAGAAGACCCAGGGUUUCUUUGGCAGCGCCAGGCACUGAACCGUACUAAGCUUAAUGGCACUGCAGCGAAACAGCAAGAGCCAGCGUCGACUCGUGACAAGCCUCCUCUGCAGAAUUUGACAAUGUCAACUCAGGUCAGCUCCAAGAAGAUAUCGGACGAAUUUCCCGUAUUGCUCAAUAGAAGGUAUUCCAAGAACAACUCUCGAGGGGACCGCAUGACAAAUACUAUCAAUAUAAGAAAAGACCAGUGCCAAAACCGUCCAUCAUCCGUAAGUACUUGUGGUGAUUUGGAAGGGCCAUACCGAGUCACACCCAGCAAGUCACGCUUCUCGGUCAAUGGCGAGCAACAUGAAGUAAAUCCUCCCCCAGAGGAGCUUUGUGGCACAAAUGUAUACGAUGGAGAAUAUGCCCAUCGCUCACGGUCCCGCACGAGCAACAUUUCCAGAAAGAGAAGUAGCGUAAACAAGCACCGAUCCGAACCAGAUCCUGGCCGAAAGAAAAUGCUCAUGCAACAAGUUGCACAGUACUGGAACGAGUGCAUCAAUAUUGCAGAAGAGGAGAAGGUUCAAGCUAGGAUGGAGAUUGACCAACUACGCGAGGAUCUUCGUCGGCAGUACGCCAAAUUAGUGGAAGCUCACCAUCACCUGGACAAUGAAAGGGCUGGGCGCAAAGACAUUGAGGAAAAGCUAAAGAAUUCCGAAGAAAAAACUGCCCACGCUCUACUCGAAAACUCGACAUUGUCACAGACGCUUUCCGCCACUCAAGAAGAACUGCGCUCGUCGAAGAAGCGGGAUGAGAUUGUGACCGAAAAAUACAGAAUAUAUCGCGCAAAACUUAACGAGGCCAUCUUAGAGCAGCAGCGAUUAUUCGUACAAGCCAAGGAAUUCUAUCAGGACUCAAUCCAAAAACUUCGGCAGGAAAAUGAAACGCGGGUUGCUGAGACAAAGGCGAUCGAAACGGCUCUCACUAAUAGUAGCGAGAAGAGGGAGCAAAUGAGGCGCUGCCUGGAUGAAUUGCGAUCUGGUCUAGAGAAAGAGGUUGAAUCCAGAAAUGCAGAAAUUUCGGUAUUACGGGACAAAAUAUCGGCGCAGGAGCAAGCUCUUUGUACCGAGAAACAAAUUUCCAGCGAUCUACGAGAUCAAAUCAUGUCGUUGAAACCACUUCAAAGUAUUGAGACACAAAAUUUGGUCGAAGCCAUCAAGUCGCUGCAAGACUCGAUCGCUACAAAUGCUAUAGGACAGACGCAGCAGCUCAAGCUAUCUGAAAGCGUCUGUGGCCGUCUACAAAAUCUUGAAGUGCUAGUGAAUGGUCUUGCAAGCCAUGUGUCCAGGGAGAAUGGCAUUGGCUCUUUAAUUGACGGUCUUCAUGAACUAGUCUCAACAGGAUUAUUUUCUGCACUAAACGAUAUUGGCGGCGCACAAAUCUGCACACAGGAGACGCUCGUAGGAAUUAGGAAUGACUGCCAGGCGGAGCUCGGAUUCAUCCGUACAGCACUGGGCGACCUGAUCAAGCAGCAGAUAAAUAUGCAAGACCAGCUUGCACUGGGAGGACAUGACUCUGCUGAGAAAUUCAACAUCUUGCGAGACGACGUCACUUCAACCCGAGAGCUUUGCGAGCAUAUUGGUAAAGAAGUGACCGCCUGGUUUACGGAGGAGCGGAACGUCGCCAACGCGAAGCAAGAUACAUGGGAGAAGAACGUUAUUCGUCUACUAAAUGAAGGCAAUGACGUGGCUGCGGAGUUGAAGAAUGCCGUGCAUACAGCUGGAGACACUUGUCUUUCGAAGCUCGAUUCCCUCAGCAACGCAGUGGCAACAAGCGAUGACGAGACUAAAAUGCUUUUGCAGCAACAUACGGACUGUGUUCAAAAAUUCCUAAAAGAGGAAUUGAAUCUGGAGAAACUUAACGUAGAUUAUGACCCUAAAGAAACUCAGAGAGUACUCGCUAGCCUAGAGGGUAUUGUUGUCUCGAUAAGUGAACACUUAAAACAUUCUGAGGGAAGGGCGGCGAGCCAAGGGGAUUCCAGUCAGCACAAUAAGCAAGAUGAGGCAGCAGUGUCCUUGCAAAACAGAAUUCUGCAGCUGGAAAGAGAAGUCUCGAAAACUACUGAUCUUCAGAAAAGAUGGCACUCUGACAUCCAAAUAGUUGACUCGAUUAGAUCAAGGCUGAAAAGCCUUCAACAGUUGCCGUCGCAGGUUGAUGGAUACAGCGAACAACUUGCAAAGAUUUCACGAGUUAGCUGCAUGCUUGAUUCUGCCUCGACUUAUCUUGCUACGCAGGAAACUUGGGUCAAACAACAGCUGGGAGCUGGCCCACAGGUCGAUAGGAGUGUUGCCACUCCACCACGGACUAUGGAGGAGCUUCGGCCCAAUCAACUUAUGGGCUCAGACGAUAGAUAUCACCAUCCUGACGAUUCAAAGAGCGACCGAGUCCCGAGCUCUCAGAGUGAUAAGAUUUGUGCAACUCAACAUAAUCAUUCAGAGUUUGGGCCAAGAAAAGUUCAAGUUCAAAGCCCUAUGGAGGCUCACACUCGCUCGUCACCACCUUCCAUUCAACAAGAGCAGAAGCGGCGAAGGAUUCCAGUAACGGUGCGGCCCAUUUUGAAAGCAAAUAGUGUAUCCUCAUCGCAGGAAUCAGUUAGUGUGCAGCUUCAGAGCAAUGGAACCGAAACCGAGCUGGGUCCGAUCCUGGAGAGUAAGAAGACAACCACGGCCAUCAGGAGCGCGUGUGCGGCCAGUCAGAAAAUAAUAGCUGAUAUUUCUUCUGGAUUUAUUACGGACCAGUCGGAGGACACCUUCUUCAAUCUACCAAGAGUCACAGACUUUCAACCCCCGCUCCAGGUAUUACCAAGUCAAGCCAUAUCACAGAAGCGGACCUUUGAGGUAGAUGGUGACGAAUGUGCCAAAGUCAAGCGCGCCAAAGCGCUGAGUGGUUUGAAGGAUAAACUGAGUGUCAAAUGCCCGGUAAGCAGGCCGCCCGAGGACAUAGUCCUGGACAGCACUCACAACCUCGCAGGGUAA